UUAUUUCUCUUGAGAUCACAACCACUGGAAAUGUUAAUAAAUUAUGUCAUCAGUGAAACAGAUUUCAACAAAAGGUUCAGACGUUCAGAAGUUUUUCAACGCAUCAAAUGAUUUACUUAAAGAUGUGAAGACAGUGUUUGUCUUCAAUGAUAUCAACAAUAAGAUGAACGCAUUUCUUGUCACUAACGACGACAAGACCUAUACAUUUGGCGGCAACUUCUUCGGUGUUCUGGGUUUGGGACACAAGAAUCCUAUCGAUAAGUUGGUGUUAAACAAGAAGUUAAGUCAAAUAAGUUUAUGUGACUUUCGGUAUUCAUACCAACACUGUGUUGGCCGCACAGCCGACGGCAAAGUUUACUCCUGGGGUUACAACAAGUUUGGUGUCUUUGGUGACAACAGACGUAACGAUAGUCUACACAAACCGAAACUCAAUAAGUAUUUGAAACACGAGUUUGUUGUCGACAUUAGCACCGGAUUCUGGCACACACUGGCACUGACCUGUGAGGGACGGGUAUAUCAAUUUGGUGACAAUACAUUGUGUCAGAUGGCGUCCGGAAUUGACAGCAAGUCUAUCAGUUUAAAACCAAAGUUAUUGGACGCUUUUGAUGGCGAACGAGUGGUCAGCAUAUCGUCGGGUGCUUUCCAUUCACUUGCACUAACAGAGUCUGGCCACGUAUACAGUUGGGGAAGCAAUGAUUGUGGCCAACUGGGUAUCGGUAAAGUACCGGCAAUUAGAAAGCCUACACCUGUUAUUGUUAUGGGGCUUAAAGUGGCAAAAAUCAGCACCGGUUUUGAUCAUAAUUUGCUGCUCUCACGGGAGGGCUAUAUCUAUACUUUCGGGUGCAAUGAAUGCGGCGAAUUGGGACAGACUACUAAAACCACGGAACAAUAUUUACCGAUAAGACUCAAUCAUUCGGAGCGCUUUGUGGACAUCGAGUCGGACAACUCGUACCCAUUUUCGGCCGCAUUGUCCGAAUCGGGCGACUAUUACGUGUGGGGAAUGUCGCGACAGCACGACAUCCAUGAGCUCAACACAAAGCCCAAGCAUUGCAAAGCGUACGAGUCGUUUAUUGAGCUGUUCCUCGAAGAGCAUCGGAUAACUCAAAGGGCUGUCCAUAACUUCAAUGGCAAUAAAAAUCUUCAUAAAAGGCUUUCUGUCCAAUUAAGUCAUCAAAUAAAUAUCAGUGCCGACAAUGUUAUCACUAAAUGA